GGUUGCGGCGUCGGCGGCGGCCGGGGAGGGUCAGUUGGAGGCAGGCGCUUGCUGAGGCAGGAGGAGGGCUCUCGGCCCGAGGCCUGACAGGGACUUAGCCCGCCGAGAUCGGCCCGCGCGCGCGACCCCACACCCACCCACUCAUCCACCUACCCACUCCCUGCGCCGCCUCCUCCCACCCUGAGCAGAGCCGCCGAGGAUGAUAAACACCCAGGACAGUAGUAUUUUGCCUUUGAGUAACUGUCCCCAGCUCCAGUGCUGCAGGCACAUUGUUCCAGGGCCUCUGUGGUGCUCCGAUGCCCCUCACCCACUGUCGAAGAUCCCCGGUGGGCGAGGGGGCGGCAGGGAUCCUUCUCUCUCAGCUCUAAUAUAUAAGGACGAGAAGCUCACUGUGACCCAGGACCUCCCUGUGAACGAUGGAAAACCUCACAUCGUCCACUUCCAAUAUGAGGUCACCGAGGUGAAGGUCUCUUGCUGGGAUGCAGUCCUGUCCAGCCAGAGUCUGUUUGUAGAAAUCCCAGAUGGAUUAUUAGCUGAUGGGAGCAAAGAAGGAUUGUUAGCACUGCUGGAGUUUGCUGAAGAGAAGAUGAAAGUGAACUAUGUCUUCAUCUGCUUCAGGAAGGGCCGUGAAGACAGAGCUCCACUCCUGAAGACCUUCAGCUUCUUGGGCUUUGAGAUUGUGCGUCCAGGUCAUCCCUGCGUCCCCUCUCGGCCAGAUGUGAUGUUCAUGGUUUACCCCCUGGACCAGAACUUGUCCGAUGAGGACUAAUGGUCAUAGAGGAUGCUUUGCCCAAGAGCCACAGUGGGGGAAGAGGGGAAGUUAGGCAGCCUUGGGACAGAGGAGAGGGCUCCUUGCUCUCUAGGGAAGGACGCUGAGGGGCUCAGGGUGAGGGUUGCCUAUUGUGUUCUUGGAGUUGACUUGUUGAAAUUGUUUUCCAUAAAGAACAGUAUAAACAUAUUAUUCACAUGUAAUCACCAAUAGUAAAUGAAGAUGUUUAUGAACUGGCAUUAGAAGCUUUUUAAACUGC